UUUCCUCCUCGUGCGCGCUGAUGGUGACGUGCAUUCUAUUGAUGGCCAAAUGUUUUUCCAUCAUGUUUCAAGUGGAUCAUAUAUUUCUUUUCCCCUAGAUGAUUCCGUAAUCCAACGAUUUAAGUCUGCUAAUUCCUGUAAACCUUUUACAAUAAUAGAGGAUUCCAAUACUGCAGAGAGCUCUAGUGAAGAAAGCUUUAAAAUACGUAAUAUCUCACCUUUGUCGAGUGAAAUCUUUGACAGAAGCAACGAAGAGAUUUGGGUCAAAAAUAAUAAACCAUCACCACUGGAUAUUGCAGCCACACAUGACCUAAUUGAAAUUGUGGGACGUAAGGACAUUCAGAUGAUAUUAAAUGAUAAGAAAACUGUGAAGAAGAAGAUUUGGGAAAAAAUUGGUGUAGAACUAAAAGAAAAGUAUAAUUUUGGAACAAGAGAUGAAGGAUCUGUUUGCUCGCAGAAGUGGCGCAACCUUGAAAGUGCUGUGAUGCACUUUUUACAGAAUGCUGGUGCUGGCAGUUCUGGUAACGGAAAAGGAAAGAAACCAGCAUUUUAUGAUGAGGUAUUUGACAUUAUUAAAGGGAAACACAAAGCAAAACCAGUACGUUUGCUUGAUUCAUUGUCUAGAGAUGUAUCACCUACACUCAUUACCUCUAACGAGCAACCAGCGACGAUUCCGAAUGCUCCAAAUUCUUCAAAACAAACGAACAUAAGGAUUUGUAAUACUGAGUCUGAAAAUGCAUCAUCAGAUGAAAACGAUGGAAGCCCAUUCAUUCAUGUAAAGUCAUCCACGAAGCUAAAGAAACCUAGGAUUGAUAACACCUGCAUCCUGGAUUUUCUGAAAAAUGAGGCUGAGGAACGCCGUAAGCAAAAUGAAAGUUUAAUGAAACUAAUGCAAGAUUCAAAUGAUACUAAGAAAGCUUUUCUCAAUAUCAUUACCAAUAUGUUGAGCCACAACACAAGCUCAAAUAAAACUACUAAUUAAAAGACAUUGUAAUUUACAAAUAGAUAGCUAACAUUGAUUAACACAAGCAUUAAAUGUGAUAUGUUCCAUAUGUGAUAAAUAAUAGUUACCUUUUUAUUAUCUUUUUAUGAGAAUAUCCCAAGUAGCAAAAAAAUAUUUGAAACAUGUUUGAAACAACUUUUAAAGUCUUUGAAAAUGAAUUUCAAACACAUUUCAAAUAUACUUUUAUUACUUCAGAUGUCUCUCUCUAUAUGAUUUAUAUCAAUACAGAGGAUUAUUUAGUACUUAUAUUAACAUUUUAUUUAAACUACCUCAAAUUUCAUGUACUUAUACUAAAAGUGUUACAUUAUUUUAUUUUAAGUUAGAUUAUUAUAGUUUUAUUUUACUUAAGUUAGAAUUAUAUUUAUACUACUUACUGUAAGUUAAGAAGUAUUACAGAAAGAUUCUAGUUUUAUGUACUUACCUGUCAUUACCAAAGUGUCUUAGUCAUUUCGUAGUAUGUAAGGAACUGCAAAAAGCCCAGAUUUGUGUGUAAUAUGUAUCUUUUGGUGCCAAUGUAUAUCUAUUAGUUUUGUUCUAAGUUAAUAUUUAUUUUAUUCUUCAAUAAGUGUGCUUAUUUAAAAUGUUUUUAUUGUGUUGUGUUUUGCACUCAGUAUUUCCAUCUGAGUAAAAUUUUAUUUUGAGUAUAUUCUUUGUUAUAAAAUAUGUAUAAGAC